AUUCUCAAAUUAUUUUGCUGCUUGCACGCACCCCAUUCCAGCCUCUCCACCUUUGACUGCACACAGCACACAAUCCAUCUUCGACUGCACACACUCCACCUUCGACUGCACACAUUCACAACCUCUCAUCACGCGCAGACACCAGAGCCAGUGUCACUUCAUCGCCAAACAGCACACUUGCGCGUAACCAAGACAAGCAUCGCACCGUCAAUAUUUGCAGCGAACAACCCACACCAUGGACAAGCAGUCCGAGGCCGCCGACGCGGCCCCUCCGACUCCGCAGUCUGAGCGGAACCCCGAGGCUGGCAAGGGCGACGCCGUCCCAGGCCCCAAGUACCUCGCCGGCACCAAGCUGGUCCUCGUCAUGGUCGCCAUUAUCCUCGCCUGCUUCCUGAUGUUGCUGGACACCUCCGUCGUUAGCACCGCGGUCCCCCAGAUCACGACCGACUUCCACUCGCUCACCGACGUCGGCUGGUAUGCCAGCGCCUACACUCUCGGAAGCGCGGCCUUCCAGCCCCUGACCGGAAAGAUCUUCAGCGUGUUCAGCCUCAAGUGGUCGUGGUUGACCUUCUUCGCCGUCUUUGAGAUCGGCUCGGUGCUCUGCGGUGCUGCCACCUCGUCCAACAUGCUCAUCGUUGGCCGCGCCAUUGCCGGCGCCGGCGCCUCGGGCUUGCUUAGCGGCGCCAUCAACAUUGUCUCCAGCUCGGUUCCUAUCGAGAGACGUCCCGCUUUGAUCGGAAUGGUCAUGGGAAUCGCUCAACUUGGCACGGUUCUCGGACCCGUCAUCGGAGGCGCAUUUACCUCUGGAUACACCUGGCGAUGGAGCUUCUACAUCAACCUGCCGCUCGGCGCUCUCGUGGCCGGCCCCAUCACGCUAGUGCACAUCCCCGACCAGACGGCCAAGCCCAAGGCGUGGUCAGUCCUGCCCCGGAUCCACCACCAUCUCGACCUGUUCGGCUUCGCCCUAUUCGCGCCGGCCGUCAUCCAGCUGCUGCUGGCGCUGCAGUACGGCGGCAACCAGUUCGCGUGGAACUCGUCGCAGGUCAUCGGCCUGUUCGUCGGGGCCGGCGCCACCUUCAUCGUGUGGGCCUUCUGGAACUACCGCAAGGGCGACGACGCCCUGCUUCCCGUCUCCAUCAUUCGCCGCCGCACCAUCUGGGCCAGCGCCCUGAACUACGGCUUCCUCAUGUCCACCCUGCUGGGCGUCUCGUACUUUUUGCCCAUCUACUUCCAGGCCGUCAAGGACCUCAACGCCGUCCUGAGCGGCGUCAAUCUCCUGCCGACAAUAUUCCCGCAGCUCGUCUUUGCUAUUGGCUCUGGCGUUCUUGUCACCAAGAUUGGCCGCAUCCCGCCGUUCUCCAUCUUCUCCGGCAUGCUUGUGUCCAUAGCUACUGGCUUGUUCUCAACAUUGCAGGAGGACACCUCGCUCGGCAAGCGUGUCGGCUACCAGAUCCUCAUGGGUGUGGGGUUGGGAUCGGGAUUGCAGAUGCCCAUCGUCGCGACGCAAAACUCGGUAUCGCCCAAGGAGCUCACCGCCGCCAUGGCCUUCAUCGUCUGGGCCCAGUACAUGGGCCCGUCCAUCUUCCUCGUGCUGUACAACGUCGUCUUCGAUGCCAGCCUGCGCAAUCUUCUGCCGCACGAUGCGCCGGGCGUCAGCACCGAGGCCGUCAUCAGCGCCGGCGCGCGGCGCUUCCGUGACAUCGUGUCCCCCGAGGAUCUCCCGGGCGUGCUCAAGGCCUACUCGGACAGCGUCGACCGCGUCUUCUAUCUCGUUGCUGGCGUGGGUGUGGUCGUGUUCUUGUCGGCUUUCGGAAUGGGCUUCAAGGACAUCCGCAAAAAGGACGGCGGCGCGGCGGCUGCUGCGGCUGCGGCUCCCGCGCCUUCCGAGAAGGAAGCUCCCAGAGACAGCGAGGCUGCAUCCGCAGUUCCCGCCUCCCGGGCUAACCGUGAGGCAUCCAAGGAGCAUGGCCCCGGAGGCAGCGACUCGGGUGACCUCUCAGGCUAAUUCUGAGGAACCCGAGAAUUAUAUCCCGGAGGCAGUGAGGCGGCUGUGGAGUCCAACUGGGGAGGUUUCUUUGCUAAUUUUGUUCUGGAGGGAAUAUGGGUCUUCCUCGUGUCCAAAUG